GGGUCGGGCCGGUCCGCCUGCGCGCAGGUGAGCGAGGCGGGGCGGAGCGCGGCUGCGCCUGGCUAGGGCGCCUGCGGCCGCCGCUCCGAGCCACCGGUCACAGUCGCUUUCCCCACCGAGGCCGAGGCGUCCCGAAGCCAUGGCCGGCCUGAACUGCGGGGUCCCGAUCUCACUGCUAGGGGUCCUGCUGCUGGGUGCCGCGCGCCUGCCGCGCGGGGCAGAAGCUUUCGAGAUUGCCCUGCCACGAGAAAGCAGCAUUACAGUUCUCAUAAAGCCGGGGACCCCGACUCCACUGGCAAAAUCCUGUAACAUCAUCAUUUCUAAAAAACCUACAACCACGUUGCACAUCAAGUCUGGAGAAAGGAUAGUCUUUACCUUUAGCUGCCCGAAUCCAGAGAAUCACUUUGUUAUAGAGAUCCAGAAAAAUAUUGACUGUAUGUCGGGACCGUGUCCUUUUGGGGAAGUUCAGCUUCAGCCGUCGACAUCAUCAUUGCCUGCCCUCAACAAAACUUUCAUCUGGGACGUCAAAGCUCAUAAGAGCAUUGGUUUAGAGCUGCAGUUUUCCAUCCCUCGCCUGAGGCAGAUCGGACCAGGUGAGAGCUGCCCAGACGGAGUCACUCACUCCAUCAGUGGCCGAAUCGAUGCCACUGUGGUCAGGAUCGGAACCUUCUGUAGCAACGGCACUGUGUCCCGGAUCAAGAUGCAAGAAGGAGUGAAAAUGGCCUUACACCUACCAUGGUUCCACCCCAGAAAUGUCUCCGGCUUCAGCAUUGCAAACCGCUCAUCUAUAAAACGUCUGUGCAUCAUCGAGUCUGUGUUUGAGGGUGAAGGCUCAGCAACGCUGAUGUCUGCCAACUACCCACAAGGCUUCCCUGAGGAUGAGCUCAUGACGUGGCAGUUCGUCAUUCCUGCACACCUGCGGGCCAGCGUCUCCUUCCUCAACUUCAACCUCUCCAACUGCGAGAGGAAGGAGGAGCGGGUUGAGUACUACAUCCCGGGCUCCACCACCAACCCUGAGGUGUUCAAGCUGGAGGACAAGCAGCCUGGGAACAUGGCUGGGAACUUCAACCUCUCCCUGCAAGGCUGUGACCAAGAUGCCCAAAGUCCAGGGAUCCUCCGGCUGCAGUUCCAAGUUUUGGUCCAACAUCCACAAAAUGAAAGCAAUAAAAUCUAUGUGGUUGACUUGAGUAACGAGCGGAACAUGUCACUCACCAUCGAGCCACGGCCUGUCAAACAGAGCCGCAGGUUUGUCCCUGGCUGCUUCGUGUGUCUGGAAUCUCGGACCUGCAGUACCAACCUCACCCUGACAUCUGGCUCCAAACACAAGAUCUCCUUCCUUUGUGACGAUCUCACACGUCUGUGGAUGAAUGUGGAAAAAACCAUAAGCUGCACAGACCACCGAUAUUGCCAGAGGAAGUCCUACCCACUCCAGGUACCCGGUGACAUCCUCCAGCUGCCCGUGGAGCUUCACGACUUCUCCUGGAAGCUGCUAGUGCCCAAGGACAAGCUCAGCCUGGUGCUGGUGCCAGCCCAGAAGCUGCAGCAGCACACUCAUGAGAAGCCCUGCAGCACCAGCUUCAGCUACCUCGUGGCCAGUGCCAUACCCGGCCAGGACCUGUACUUUGGCUUCUUCUGCCCAGGAGGCUCUAUUGAGCAGAUCCAAGUAAAGCAGAACGUCUCGGUGACCCUUCGCACCUUUGCCCCCAGCUUUCGGCAAGAGACCUCCAGGCAGGGCCUGGCGGUGUCCUUUAUACCUUAUUUCAAAGAGGAAGGCAUUUUCACGGUGACUCCCGACACAAAAAGCAAGGUCUACCUGAGGACCCCCAACUGGGACCGGGGCCUGCCAUCCCUCACCUCAGUGUCCUGGAACAUCAGCGUGCCUAGAGACCAGGUGGCCUGCCUGACUUUCGUCAAGGAGCGGACCGGUGUGGUCUGCCAGACAGGGCGUGCAUUCAUGAUCAUCCAGGAACAGCGUACCCGGGCCGAGGAGAUCUUCAGCCUGGAUGAGGAUGUGCUCCCCAAGCCAAGCUUCCACCAUCAGAGCUUCUGGGUCAACAUCUCUAACUGCAGUCCUGCAAGCGGCAAGCAGCUAGACCUGCUCUUCUGGGUGACGCUUACCCCAAAGUCUAUGGACUUGACUGUCAUCCUCAUUGCUGUGGUGGGAGGUGGAGCCUUACUGCUGUUUGCCCUCGGACUCAUCAUUUGCUGUGUGAAAAAGAAGAAAAAGAAGACAAACAAGGGCCCUGUCGUGGGUGUCUAUAAUGGCAACAUCAAUACCGAGAUGCCGAGGCAGCCAAAAAAUUUUCCAAAAGGACGAAAGGACAAUGACUCCCACGUGUAUGCAGUCAUCGAAGACACCAUGGUGUAUGGGCAUCUGCUGCAGGAUUCCGGCGGGUCCUUCCUCCAGCCAGAGGUGGACACUUACCGGCCAUUCCAGGGCCCCAUGGGGGUCCGCCCUCCCUCUCCACCCACCAUAUACUUCAGGGCCCCAACUGCAAAGUUGACCACUGAGGAGCCACCUCCUUGCUCCCCUCCUGAGUCUGAGAGUGAACCGUACACCUUCUCCCACCCCAGCAAUGGGGAUGUAAGUAGCAAGGACACAGACAUUCCUUUGCUGAACACUCAGGAGCCUGUGGGGCCAGCAGAAUAACUUCACACAUUCUAGAGACUUUGCUGAGUUUCAUAAAGCAGGGCACCGAGACACUCUUCGGUGUUUCUAACCAGAAAUCCUACAGAAGAGGAAUUAUACAGAAGGAACAGCAGAGGUUUUCCUGGACACCACCAACUUCACAUUGCUCAAACUUCACAUUGCUCGGUGGACUCAUUCUAAGGGCGAGACAUUGAAAAUGAUGAAUUCGGAUCUGGAUACAGUCAUGACAGCUCAUGUCCUUCUCAACUCAGCCUGUGUGGUUAGCCAGCCUGUAAUGAGAGGACAGAGGCCUGAGUCACCUAGGACAGGGUCACAGCGAGCCCUGGAUUCAGAGUGUUAAACAGAGGCUUGCCCUCUUCAGGACAACGGUUCCAAUUCCAAGGAGCCUACCUGAGUCCCCUACUCUCAGUGGGGUCCCUGGGAUGAAAAUGACAAUGUGCCUUUUUAUUAUUAUUUAUUUGGUGGUCCUGUGCAUUUAAGAGGUCAAAUGUAUAACCACCUAGCUCUUUUCAGCUGACUUAGUAACAGCUCAUGCUAACUGGUUUGGAUGCCUGGAAUGUGCCUUCUACCAACCACUAGAUAAACAUGUGCCUAUUCCCGGGAGAUGGGAAUAAUUCACAACCUCUCCAGCCAGAAAAGGGUGUAUGCGUUUGAGCAGCAUCGACGCAUAUCUGCUUUGAUGAGAGACUUCCUGAUUCUCUAGGUUGCCUUGUGGUAUCCCACUGUGGAAAUUCAUCUUGAAUCCCAUUGUCCUGCGGUCCUAGCAAUAAGAGAAAUUUCCUCAAGUUUCCAUGUGUGGUUCUCCCAGCUGCAGCAAUACUUUGACAUUUAAAGAGAAAUUUAGAGAAUAUUCUCAUCCUCUAAAAAUGUUUAAAUAUAUACCAGAGAGGGGCCCCCUGCAUUCGUUUUCUGUUGCCACUGAAACCCAUUACUUGGUAGCUUAAAAACAACACACUAUCUUAGAGUCUUGGGGAUGAGAAUUCCAAACUGGAUAUCCCUGAAUGAAAACCGAGAAGCAGAACUGUGCUGCUUCUGAGGGCUCUAGGGAGAAGCCGGUUCCUUGCCGUUUCCAGCUUCUCGAGGCUGGCUGCACUAGGCUCCAGUGGCUGGUCAGGUUUUUUUUUCACAUGGCAUCACUGGGACACUACUCUUCCACUUCCCUCUUUCAUUUACAAAGCCCACCAGGAAGAUCCAGGAUCGUCUCCCCAUCUCAAGAUCCUUCAUCACACUGGAAGAGCCUUUUACCAUGCAAGGCAACGUAGCCACAGGUGGGAUUAGGACAGGGACAUCUUUGGGUGCCGUUAUUCUGCCUACAACACCUUCAUGCCUCUGACCCCCACAGGAGAGGCUACAAAAUGAUCCAGCCCACAGGGAUGUUUGGUUUGGCUUGCAGAGUCUGUUUAAGAAUUAGUUACUAACAUUUAAAAUCAUAAAUUCUUUUUUCUUUCUUUUCUUUUGUCUUUUUUUUUUUUUUUUUUUUUUUUUUUGUUUAGACAGAAUUUUGCUCUGUUGCCCAGGCUGAAGUGUAGUGACGUAAUUUCGGCUCACUGCAACUUCAGCCUCCCAGGUUCAAGCAAUUCUCCUACCUCAGCCUCCCAAGUAGCUGAGAUUACAGGCACCAGCUAUCAUGCCAAGCUAAUUUUUGUAUUUUUAGUAGAGAUGGGGUUUCACCAUGUUGGCCAGGCUGGUCUCAAGCUCCUGAUUCCAGGUGAUCCUCCUGCCUCUGCCUCCCAAAGUGCUACAGGCAUGGGCCACCAUGCCCGGCCCAAAAUUUUUUCGUAACAAUCCAGAUCAGAAGAUCUGGCCAUGCUGGGACUCACGUUCUCACCUAGCAACAACUGGCUGGAGCUUAGCAGCAGCUCUGCCUUUAGAUGGGAUGUCCGCAUCACCAGGUCACUGCAGUCCACACUACUCCCUAUUGCCUCCCACAAUGAGGCUGUGUUUAUUUAUACCUAUCAAUGCCCCGGCAAGUUGCAUUUCUUGUAAUGAAAAGAAAAGAUUGGGAUUAAUCUCUAAUCAGGUAAAUAGAUCAUGAGACCAAUAUGUCCUCACAUUCCUCUUUUUUUUUUUAAUCUGAGACAGAGUCUCACUCUGCUGCUGCCUAGGCUUGAGUGCAGUGGUGCAAUCUCUGCUCACUGAAGCCUCUGCCUCCUAGGCUCAAGCGAUUCUCCCACCUCAGCCUCUCAAGUAGCUGGGACCACAGGCAUUUGCCACUAUGCCCACCUAAUUUUGUAUUUAUUCUAGAGACAGGAUUUCACCAUGUUGCCCAGGCUGAUCUCAAACUCCUGGACUCAAGCAAUCCUCCUGCCUCAGCCUCCUCAAGUGCUGGGAUUACAGGCAUGAACCACCACAUCCAGCCCCAUACCCUCAUUUAUACCAAUUACCUGCCCAGCGCCUGUGGACGUUUGCUUUGUGGUCCCUGCUCUAAUCUGUGAGGAGAGGGAUUGUGCUAUAGCUUGUUGGCACAGUCCCAAGUUCAAUAUUUCUGUGGCAAAAACUUCCUUCAAAAAAUAAAUACUUUACUGUGUUCAAUGAAUUCACCUUGGAAACGCACCACCUCAACUUGUUCAUGUGACCUGAAUGAAAGGAAUUUUAUAGUCUCCUAAAUGGUGUGUACUCCAAGGCCUCUUGAACACUUUCCAGAGGACAAGAUAUGUAAUGAUGGCCUUGGUGGUGCCUAUGGCACCUUUCUCUUCUGAAAGUCUGGUUCCUGCCCAGUGCCUCGCCUUGGCCUUGUGAGCCGAGGUGCUGACCCUCCACGAAGGGCAAAGGAGGGCUGUGGGUUCCCUCCCUCACUGAAGAGCCCUUAUCUGAAGUCUGUGUGGAGCUCUGGCCCUCCAUUCUCGACCUUCCCCAGCCUCCUAGCCCCUUCCAAGCAGGACUAGGUGCCCUGCAUUCCACGCAAGGUGGGGUUGGCCAUCUUCAGGCUGGCUGCUUGUCACCAUCACCAACAUCACUGUUACAUGCAAGAACUCCAUGUGGCUAUUUUCCUUCAGCUGAGGGCUCAAAACUCCUGACAAGGUGCUGGCUCUUGAGACCAGGAUUUUCUGAAGCUGUGCCUCAGUGAAGGGGCCCAGCCUGAGGAACCCUGGCUCUUUUCUUUAAAGCCCAGGUGCCACUUAAUGUAAAAUAUUUCAGGGUCACUGGAAACAGUCAAGUGCCAUUCAUUGAAGCCUACUGCAAGCCAGCCAUGCCUACGGGGAAGGCCAGCACACACAGGACUGCUCUCCAGUGCUGUGGUCAUUGCUCAGAAGGGAAAGGUCUCAAGGAAGAGUCACCUGGGACAAGCACACGCCCGCUGGCCAUAGCCUUGGUAAAGGUUAGAGGACUGGUGUGUGUGGGUCUGCAGUGCUUCACUGGAAAUUAUUUAUUCAUUGCAGAUACUUUUUAGGUGGCAUUUUAUUCAUUUCCUAUGCUUUUUUAAAUAAACCGAGGUACCAAAAAGACAAGUAUCAAGCUGUUUAAAUGCUUCGGCGACUUGUCCCCUGGUUCAGCAGAGGCCCCCAGUUCCUAGUCGAUGUCUGCGACAGGCUCAGCAUGGGCUCGGCAGAUGCUGUCUUCAUCUGUGUAUGGCACAGAAAGCGGGCUUUGAGAUACAAGCUCUUCCCUCUUCAUGUGAUGCCAUGCAGUGCAUGAAGCAGAUGUUUCAUCCAGAAAUAAAAAGAAUAGUCUUGGUGUCUCGCCA